UGGUGACUGCGGGAGGCUUCACAUAAAAUCUCACAGGCGACAAAACUUUGGAUUUACGGGCUCACCUUUGCGCUCAGGUGUCAGAGUAAAGGCGUUUCUACCUCCCGCGUCCUGCUCGCGUCUCACAUCCCGCUGAUCUUCAGUCCCUUUUAGUCUCGUUUAGUAUUAGAUUAGUUUUCUGUGUGUUUGCGGUUCUUUUUUUAAAAUUCAGAUGACGGCGCAGGUAGACUACCUGGUGGUGGUUUUCACCGCCACAUCUGGCGCGAGCGGAGAUCUCCUGGGGUCUGACGAGAAGGAGCUCGUGCAGUUGGUUUGGCAGCUCGUGGAUGUAAAGAACAAAAAGUUGGGCAAGGUGAAUGAGCUCCUCAUAAAGCCUGACCUCUCAGACUUGACAGAAGAAAAAGAGGAGGAGGAUGUGGUGGAGGAGAGCGUGGAACAGGAGAAUGGAUCUGGAGCAGACUGUGUGUACAAAGCACCGAGCGUUGAUAAAGCUUUAAACAUGUUUCAUCUGCAACUGACAAAUGAGGUGAACAGCGCGGGCGCAGGCACGUCGGUGUGUUUGUGUACAGACGGGCAGCUCCACAUCCGCCAAGUGAUUCACCCCGAGGCCGCGAGCAAGAACAUCCUGGUCCCAGACUGUUUCUACUCUUUCUUUGACCUUCGGAAGGAGUUCAAGAAGCACUUCCCCGCUCCUGACCUCAAAGCUCUGAAUGUCCACACCAUGGCGGAGUCUCUUAGUAUACCUGUUGAUGUGCCCACCAUGUGGGACCCCUCUGCCACACCGGAUCCAUCGGUCCCUUUGUCUGCAGAAGUAGCCACACAGCAGCUUCAGGUUAUGUCCAGCGUUGUCCUGGCACUGCUAUCCGAGCCAUUUUGCCACACGUUUUCGAACCCCGAGAGAGUUAGUGAGAAGUUCGAGAGCGGCACUUGCAGUAAAAUGGAGAAAGUGUGCGACAACACGGUGAUCCGAGCCAGAGGAUUGCCGUGGCAGUCUUCUGACCAGGAUAUUGCUCGAUUCUUCAGAGGCCUCAACAUCGCCAAAGGAGGGGUUGCGUUGUGCCUGAAUGCUCAAGGGAGGAGGAAUGGAGAAGCUCUGGUUCGCUUUGUGAGCGAGGAACACAGAGAGCUGGCGUUGCAGAGACACAAACACCACAUGGGGAAUAGAUAUAUUGAGGUUUAUAAAGCAACAGGAGAAGACUUCCUGAAGAUAGCAGGAGGUACGUCUCAUGAGGUAGCAAUGUUCCUGUCCCGUGAGGACCAGAUCAUAGUGAGGAUGCGAGGCCUCCCUUUCACCGCCACGCACGAGCAGGUGCUCGCCUUCUUCUCGCCAGAGGAUGAACUUAAAGAGACGUGUCCCGUCAGCGGGGGAAAGGAUGGCAUCCUGUUUGUUCGCUACCCAGAUGGACGUCCCACCGGCGACGCGUUUGUUUUAUUUGCCUGUGAAGAACAUGCUCAGUGCGCCUUGAGGAAACACAAGGAAAUCCUGGGGAAAAGAUAUAUCGAGCUUUUUAAGAGUACGGCAGCAGAGGUGCAGCAGGUGCUAAACAGGUACUCCUCAACCCCUCUGAUCUCCGUGGCCCCUGCCCCUCUGAUUCCUGUGCUGCCCACGGUGUCUCUUCUGCCCCCUCCUGGUGGAGUGAGAGACUGCCUGCGGCUGAGAGGGCUGCCGUACACGGCGAGCAUAGAGGACAUCCUCACCUUCUUGGGCGAGUUUACACAGGAUAUCAGACCGCAUGGAGUGCACAUGGUCCUCAACCAGCAGGGUCGUCCGUCAGGUGACUGCUUCAUCCAGAUGACAUCAGCUGAGCGAGCGCUCCAAGCUUCGCAGCGGCUUCACAAGCAUGUAAUGUCCAGCCAGCGUGGGGCAAACAGCCGCUACGUGGAGGUGUUUCCCUGCAGCGCAGAGGAGAUGGGCCUCGUGCUGAUGGGAGGCUCGCUCUCGCACACGCAUACACACACACACACCCGGAGCAGGAGUGGGACAGGGCUCAGCCCGCCGCCAUGUAAGUCAAGACGUUUAUCGCCACCAUCUUAUUCCUUCACACCUGCUCCACCUGUCCUGCCUCCAGAGGCUGCUGCUGCUCUCUACCCUCCCAUUGGGCAGGUGGUCCUGGCUCCUCGCCCCCUACCACCAGGACAUGCCUACUACCCCGCCUCAGCUCAGCUAUACAUGAACUACGCAGCCUACUACCCCAGUCCACCUGGCUCACCUAACACCUUAGGUUUCUUCCCCUCCCCCUCCUCCAUUGCCUCGCCGGGAGGCCUGGUGCGUAUGCCCGGUCUGACCUACAACAGCAACGGAGUCAAAGAGCUCAUAAAUGCAGUGCAGGGUUACCAGUAUGCUCCCGAGGAUGCUUUCAUGCACGCCCACGGGCCCGUGCACACUCAUGACCCGACCAGGACAUUGCUUACGCAGCCCAAAGAAUGGAAUCCUGCAGAGUCUGUUUCCCUCCUGAGCAGCAGUCUGAUUGGUCAGUGCAGCUCAAGUGAGGCUCCUCUUAUGUCACUACCUGCUCUCAUGACCAAGCCAGGGGGGCAGUAUUUGGAUUUGACCCUGCUCUAGGGUCACAUGUGAUAAUUUGGUAUAUGUCAAAGACUUGUUAGAUUUUUUUUAAAUAGCCUUUUAGAUGUGUUAUUUAUAUCGUUAGCAACAGAAAUUAAUGUAUUUUAUACCAAAUUCUCUGUGGCCUUAGCCAACGAUAGCAUUCUCAUCUUAUAUUGCACAUUGUGUAUUUUAAAAGCUUUAUAGAGAUUUUUUAACCUGUUCUAUUGUAAUCAUUACGGUACAUAUUUGUUAGCCAAACUAGAGAAGAGUGACUUAGUAGCAAUUGAGCUAAAUGUUUAAGCUUUUCUGUGAAGAGUGAAAGUGUGUGAGUGUGAAAGAGAUGAGAAUGAGUAUUACGCAUGGCUGUGUUGAGAUGUUUUAUUACAUAAUCUGUUAAUGCAGUACAUUGUGUGUGUUUAUAUACAUUUGAUACAGUACACAGUGAUUGUAUUGGAAGCUUUAGUGCAUGAAGAAGUUAGUAGUGAAACUUUAAGAUGUUUACAUAAUGCCAAAUAUCAAUGCACUGCUAAUCAAUAAGACUACUAAUGAAAAUAAUAGCAGUAUGUUUGAAUGAUAUCCUAUAUGUUACACUGUGAGUUUGUCUGAUAGCCUGGACCUUGUUAUGAGGCCUCAAUUUACAAAAACUGUGACAUCUCACACUUCAUUAGCCCCCUCCUUUAUGUGUCUGACAAGGGUAUUUUUCCAUGCUGCGCCACGCCAAAGUUGCCUUGUUGUGCAUUUGGAUUCAGCUGAAAAGAAGACGGUCCCACUUCUCAGUAAUUUAACUACAAAUUUGCAUUCUUCAAGAGGGCUCAGAUCACAAGCUCUCAGCUUACUGUGCAAAGAGUAAAGCCAGAGCUGGUUUAUGACCACUUCUGUGACAUAUUUUUAGCAGUCCAUCACACUUUCCUUGUCUUCUUUCCACCAUCUACGCUGUUAUUGGAGAACGUUAUUGAACAAACAGGUUGCUCUAAGAAAUCUAAUCACCGUACUUCUUUUGAACCUGUAGAUUUUUAGGAAAGGCGAAAAGGAAAGGAAAUGAAGGACAUGCCGGAUAUGUUUCAUGUGAAUUUAAAUGCCGUUUAUGCUCAGCAUAAAGUUGAUGUUUGGGCUUCAUGUUUCUGUACGCAUGUCCCACAGCAGGAUUUAAUCCUCCUCAGGACGCCCUACUGCAGGCAUGCUGAAAAAGAAAAACAAUAAACUUAACAUGUCAAGUU